AUGGAAGGUGAAAUACUAGUUGGUGAAGGUCCUCCACUCCACAUCCAUCAUCGUGAAGAUGAGUAUUUUCACGUUUUGGCAGGUGAAAUCGAAUUUUAUAUUGGAGAGGAAACAAUUCGUGGAACAGCUGGAACAUGGGUCUUUGCGCCACGUUAUAUUAAACAUUCUUAUAGGAACGUUAACUCAACAGGAGCUCGAUUAGAAUUUGGUUUUCAACCAGCUGUUAUCGAAUUCUGUUUUCAAGAGGUUGGGAAAGUUAUUGUUGUAGAAGAACCUGAUUGGGCGGAUCAAGCAGCUUCUAUUGCAAAUAAAUGUGGAGUUGAGUUUCUCGUAAUAC